GGGGGCUGCCGUGGCUCCGGACGGCGGCUGGGGCUGGGUGGUCCUGGCCAGCACCCUCCUGGUCCUGUCUCUGGCCCUGGGUUUACCCGCCAGCAUGGGGAUCUUCUUCACGGACCUGCAGACUGAGUUUCASGCGUCCAACAGCGAAACGUCCUGGGUGACGUCCAUCAUGACRUCGGCGCUUCACGCAGGAGGGCCCGUUUCCAGCGUGCUCAUUCACAAACUGGGCUGCCGGACCACCGUCAUAUUGGGCGGAGUCCUGAGCGGGGUGGGAAUGGCCGCCAGCUCCUUCACCCGUUCCAUCGCCGAGGUCUACAUCACAGCUGGAGUUAUUACAGGACUCGGGUUCUGCUUCAGUGUCCAGCCGGGGGUCACCAUCCUGGGGCACUACUUUGUGCGUCGCCGUGCGUUCGCCAACGCUAUGUCCUCCACGGGCACCGCCCUCGGACUCUGCGUCCUGCCCGCCUUGGGGAACUACCUCCAUACAGAGUACGGCUGGAGGGGGAGCUUCCUCAUUCUGGGCGCCGUCCUUCUGAACCUCUGUGUCUGUGGAGCCGUGAUGAGGCCCCUCCAACCCAAAAGGCAUCGGGGCCAGCCUCUGAACCCCAAACCCCCUUCGUCGGAUCAGGAAACCAGGAAGGCAAAGACCGUAUGGAAGUGUGUGGCGGCCUCCCUGAGCCAUCACAUGGCCUUCGACCAGCUCCGCCACAACCGGCGUUACUGCGUGUACGCCGUGGGCAUCACCUUCAUGAUGCUGGGCUUCGUGGUGCCCCUGGUGUACCUGGUUCCUUACGCCACAUCAAACAACAUGGAGCCGAGCCAGGCCGCCCUCCUGCUCUCCAUCCUGGGGAUCAUCAACAUCAUAGUGCGGCCGCCGUUCGGCAUAGUCUUCAACAUGGCCUGGUUCAAUGGGCGCCACAUUUACGUGUUUUCCUUGGCUCURCUGGUCAACGGGCUCAGUAACAUCAUCUGCUGCAUUGGGGCCGAGUUCCCUGUCCUGGUGUUGUACGUCGCCACCUACGGGCUCUCCAUGAGCGUGGUGGGCUCGCUGAUGUUCACCGUCCUCAUGGAUAUCGUGGAGAUGAGCCGCUUCCCUUCGGCUCUGGGCCUGCUGGCUGUCAUGGAGAGCGUCACGCUGCUGACCGGACCUCCACUGGCAGGAAUCCUGGUGGACCGCACCGGACAGUUUUUCUACGUCUUCGUCGCCUGCAGCGUCGUCGUCGCCUCGUCCGCCGUCUUCCUCAUGCUGUCCUUCCUCUGGCUGGAUAAAACGGAGGCGGCAAAGAGCGGCCAGCUCCCUGCUCAGCCCGACCCGAGGAGGCCCGUGACCCACGCCUCCCCCGGUUGCCGGUACCGCAGCGUCCCCACAGACGGAGACAGGGACAAGGCUUCGCCCAACGGGUCCGAGUACAUCACCAGCGUCUGAACCUGAUCACCGUGCGUCACCGACACUUUGGCUCAAAUGACUCACAAAGUUAGCAGCAUUCGGCUARCUUUUAUUUUGAAAAGCUUACACGGUUUGACCAAAGUUAUUUACCAAAACGAACAGAUGUGCACUUAAAGCAACGAUGUGAUUGUACUGUUUAUCUGCUGCUGACACACAGGAGUCACCAUUAUCUCUAAAUAACAUCUUAAAAUAUCUCAAGCUCUUUGCUAGACAUUUGCUGCAAUCAUCACUUUUAUUUCUUUUUAUUUUUUAUUUUUGUGCUUAUGAAGCACUUUUUAAAAAAGCAGGAACUGGAUCUGACAGAGAUGUCAGUAAUGAAAYUUUAAGGAUGAGAAUCAAACAGCUUCUGGUUCUCCUCCAAGUCUUAAAAUAUGUCCAUUAAAUGGAAAAGUGUAGCUUUUGUUGAUGUUUUUGCACAAACCCUUGAGUCAAAACCUGUACGUAAAGAAAUUUAAACCAAAACAAAAAAGAAUUUUAAGUUAUUUAUUUAAAAAAACAGUAAUUAUUUUAACUUUAUCAGAGUUGAUGAACAUUUAAAGCCUCCCUGAAGCACAAAUUAUAAUAYUACUACCACUGUGUUUUAACACCUGCAUGAGAAAAGAUUCACUUUUUAUCUGCACUCAGAUCAGAUUAGAGAUUUGUCAGAUUAUGUCGGCAAAUGUUCAGAUUAGAUUGGCCGACUGAUGAAUACCUGAAACAAGGUGACUAAAAAUAAAGCAUAUCAAACAUUUAUGGGCAGAAUCUUUUCAAUAAAACAUUUUUAUUUAAAAACUGAGUAAAAUGUUUGUUUUAAUGAAUUAAAAGCUCCUCAGUGGUUUGGUUAAAUCAGUUUUCAUUUUCUCCGCUCGUCUCCUCAGGGUUUGUUUGAUCGUUUUGCUUUUAGGUUUUUUUUUUUCUAACAAAGUUUUAAAAUGAACUUCAGUUUAUUUACAUUUUGUUGACAGCAACACAUUGGGAGGGAAGCUCCACUAAACGUCAAUAAAAACUCAAAACCUAUCGAUCCUCUAAAGGUCUUUUUUUUGUUUUUUAGGGAAAAAGAUAACAAAAAAUGUGUUUAUACUUUAUUUAUGGGAGAACUGAAGCCAAACUCAAACUACAAACAUAGAAAAUCAGAAUUUGUAAAAAGUGAUUCCAAAAUAAAAGCUCUUAAUUGCUCCAAUAUCAAGUGCAGAGUAUCAGAGAGCCAUCUCACUUUUUAAAACUAAAUGUUAAAUUAAACAGACGUCAACUUUAAUCCAAAGUUGAGUUAUUUAUCCUCAUGCCUGUAUUUCAAGCCUCAACCUGCUGCAGAACAGAAAACUGAAGCUUCCACGCUUUGAAACGAGUAUUUUUCACUCGUCUGUCAAUACAAGUAAGAUGAAUUUAUAAAAUCUUUUUUUUCAUUUAUUCAUUUAAUUUAAAAAAGCAAAACAAAUUCACAUACAAAAAAUACAAAUCAACUAUUAAACUUUAGCUGUUUGAUGUUCAAAUUAAAGCUUUAAACAUGGCUCCUWCAUAUAUAGUUCUGUUAAAAAAGGAUCAUUGAACCUUAGAAACCAUUUGAUUUUCACUCAAACUUGAAAAAAAUUAUUAAAAAGUUGGAAUAUUUCAGCAGCUGGGUGUUCGUUGUAGAAACAAUUAUUUUUAGAGACAGAUCUUGUUGGGUUCAUGUUUUUGUCCUUUUUUUUUUUUUGCAUCAGAUUUAUCAAACAUCUGAAAAUAAUCACCAACCCUUACAGAUCAGGGUGGAGAAAUGAAGCCUUGAACUUUUCCUGCACAUCAAUUUUAUUUUAUUAUCAGAAACUUCAGAUUCCUGAAGGCCCAAUCAACUUAUGUUCCAGAUUAAAAUAUCAUUACAAACUGUUUAUUUGGUUUUUACCUCCUCAGAGCAGUGCCUUUUCCCCUAGCUGGUGUAUUUCUAACRGAUGACUCACCACCUCUCAAUUUUUCUGACCUUAUUCCAUCUCUACCUGUGUAAUGUUUUGAAACAAUCACUGGCAUGUCUCUAUAAGCAGAUUAAGUGAUGAAAGAUUUUCAUCUCUUCUUCGGCUACUUUUCAGGUAUCGGCUGCUUGCGGUGUUAAAGAUAAUUUUAUUUCUCAGCAGAGGAGGUAUUUGCACACUCAGAUGCUGUUCUUGCUGUAAGCUAAUUAUAUCUUUAUAAUAAAUUAUGAUAGAGGGAAAUAAAUGUUGGAAUAUUAAAAUGAUUGUGUUUGAGUGGAUUUGUUCUACUCAGUUUUGCAGUUUGUCAAAAGAAUGAAAAUAAAUUCUGUAUUUCUCCUUUCAGUGUA